AUGAAGGGUGAUGAUACUCAAAAGAAUGAAAAUCAGUUGACGAAUGUGUACUGUGACGUGAGUCCAUCAAGCGAGAAUGGCUUAUCCAAGUCGAGAAACUUGUUUCGACAGAAAGAUCGACAAAACUUGGCGGUUUUUAGCAUCGGAAAGUGGUUACAGAUAUUCAAAAACAGUCCCAAAGUGUCAUGUGAGUUCUCUACAUCUUCUUCUCCUUCUCCAAGUCAUGUCUUGAGCAAACUAGGAGCAAACCAUAAGGCGGAAUUUCGGAUUCGAUGUCAUCAAUCUGAAAAGAUGCAUGAAAAGACAUUAUCUUUACCGAGCAAAACCUUCUCGUCUCCAUCUAUAGACAUUUCUCAGGGAACCCUUCAAUUCACUAUGAGAGCCAAUGAAAUGCCUCGUUUCGUUUUCAAACUGGAGAAUCAAAAAGAUGUUUAUGUGGCGACCUUGAGCAGGAACGUUAAAGACCAGACUAUUUUAGACUAUUCGUAUAUGAUCCAUCUGCAAAGAGGAGUAUCAUCAUCAUCAUCAUCAUCAUCAUCAUCAUCACAUCUAGUUGGUAGAAUAAAGGUAUCGACUUUGUUCUCGCGGUUGAAUGAGAGAAUCACAGAGAGAGAGUUUGUUUUGUUCAGUAGCAAUGGCGAGUAUUCGCAGAUAUUGCCGUGUGGGAAGAAAAACAGAGGAUUGUCUGCAAGAGUAAAUGAUGUACUCGAGAACAAUCAAAGUGCCUCAAGAUUGAGAUGUUCUUGGGAUCAGCAAUUCCAAGAACCAAGCUAUCAACAAAACAACCUUCCACCAAAUCUUGAAACGUUAGCUAUUGUUGUGAAAGAGGAGGAUCUUGAAAAAGAAACUGGAGGUUGGGGAUUAAAGUUCUUGAAGAAAUCGUCGUUGGUCCAUACUAAGAGUGAAAGUUUAGGAUCCUUGAUAAGUAUGGAUGUCGUGGUUCCUUCAGGGAUUCAUGGAGGACCUGAAGGUGGACCUUUGAGUUUGAUAGAGAGAUGGAAAUCUCAAGGAAACUGUGACUGCGGAGGGUGGGACUUGGGUUGUUCCUUUACCCUUCUUAAAGGCCAACGAAGAAAAGACCAUUGCAAUCUCUUCGAGCUAUUCAAAGAGGGAUCAAAUCAUGAGACGCCGGUAUUAAGGAUUGUGAAUGUUCGAGGAGGACUCUACUCUGUUCAAUUCCAGACAAACUUGUCUUCUUUGCAAACUUUUACAGUUGCAUUAGCAUUUAUACAUAGCCAGAGCAGCUACGUCCGUUGUAUC